CCGCAUACACAACUACUACCCGACAUCCCUCCCCUUUCUUUCCCCUUGCCCACUCUUCUCCUAACCCUCGAGCUCGACGCCAAAGGCUGCGCGAGAUAGCGUCCCGACCGGCGGCGUGAUGAAGGUCUCCAUCAAAACCCUCAAGGGCUCCAGCUUCGAGAUUGAGGUGGAUCCCACCAGCAAGGUUGUCGAUCUUAAAAAGCUCAUUGAAAAUACACAAGGACAGAAUGUGUACCCAGCUGAUCAACAGAUGCUCAUCCAUCAAGGGAAUGUUCUUAAAAAUGACACAACACUAGAAGAGAACAAAGUUCUGGAGAAUAAUUUCAUUGUUAUAAUGUUGUCUAAGAAGGGAUCAACAAGUGCUGCUUCAGGUACUGCCAAGGAGCCCACAAAGCAGCCCAUGGUUGACCGAGCAGCACCUGUUGCCCCUGCAAUGCAACUACCUGCCGAACAAACACCUGUCAGCACGCCUGUGAGUGCACCUGUUCCAACUGCACUAGCUGUUGCGCCCCCUGCUGCUACUGCUGCUGCGGCAGCGGCAUCCACUCAAGCAGAUCCGUACGGUCAAGCUGCGUCAAGCCUUGUUGCAGGAAGCAAUUUAGAAGGAACAGUUCAAUCCAUUCUGGAAAUGGGUGGAGGAGCAUGGGAUCGGGACACUGUUGUGCAUGCUCUACGGGCAGCAUUUAACAACCCGGAGCGGGCUGUUGAGUACUUGUAUACUGGGGUUCCCGAGCAAGAGGCCCCUGCUCCAGCUCAAGAACCUCCUGCACUUGGCCAACAAGGCGAUCCAGUUCAGGCUCCACAAUCUCAGCAAGCAGUUGCUUCAUCUGGACCCAAUGCUAAUCCCUUGGACCUGUUUCCUCAGGUCCUUCCAAAUGCUUCUGCAAAUGCUGCUGGUGGAAAUCUUGAUGUUCUGCGAAACAAUUCACAGUUCCGUGGCCUGCUUUCUUUAGUCCAGGCUAAUCCUCAAAUUUUACAACCUUUGCUUCAAGAACUGGGGAAACAAAACCCACAGAUUUUGCAACUGAUUCAGGAAAACCAGGCUGAGUUCCUGCGGCUGAUAAAUGAACCUGCAGAGGGAGCUGAAGGGAAUUUGCUAGAACAGUUCGGUGCGGGAGUGCCUCAAACUGUAGCAGUCACACCUGCCGAGAAUGAAGCCAUACAGCGGCUUGAACACAUGGGCUUCGAUCGUGACCUGGUUCUAGAGGUUUUCUUUGCGUGCAACAAGGACGAGCAGCUAGCAGCAAACUAUCUCUUGGACCACAUGAAUGAGUUUGAUGAUGAAGCCCCGGAACCGCCACAAUAAUUUGGUUUCUACAGUUUAUAAAGGAUACAUGUCACGCACAAAUGCGAUGAUCGAGCCCAUUUGGAAGUUUGGAACAGUGGUGUUUCAUGCCAAGUUUGGAACGGGCGGUGUUUCUGAAGGCUGAAUGAAUUGCCCCAUUUAAGGUUUCCGGGCUUUACUUUUUAGUUCCUCAUUAUUAUUCUCCUUUUCUGUUUGGGACGCAUAUAGUACAUACUCUAGAUGACACAUGCAGGCUAUAUGUAACCAGGUAUGUAAGUCGUAGUGUCGUUUACUGGCUUGUGAGAGUUUAAAAGUUGAAUGUGUUUCUUCCAACCCUUUUUCUCAUUCGGCUGAAUGCUGAUAGCAUCUGCCUCCACAAGAGGCGAUAUACAUCAGUCAGCAUGACAUGAGUCCAAGAACAGGUAUCAACUAAAUAGCAGACAAGUGAACUGAUUAGAAGCGUCAAAUCAUUGAACUGGUUUUUGUUGUUGAGCAGGCAUUGACUCGAUUUCAUCUGUAUUUGCUCAAAAUUAAGAGCUUUGUCCCA